GUCGUCUUUCACUUCCACCAGCGCUCAUGUAUGUAUCGUAUUGUCAGUCAGCUCUGUGUCAGUCAGUCCAUCCAUUCAUCCGUCCGUCGAUUCACUGCUGCAGGUGCACUGUGACGUCGUCGAUGCCCCACGAGACGAUGUCGGCAUUGGACUCAGUCAGCGUCGAACCAAACACCUGCACACACACACAUACGCACACACACAGACACGGCUGCAUUCAUUGUUGUGCUGGUGUGUGUGUGUCUCGUGUGGUGCUGACGAGGUUGAGUGUUGGUGUGCAGUGCGGGAUGGUGACGUCGACAAGGACACUGAGCCGGUCGGGCUGACUGGCGCCGCACACAUUCACGCCGAACUCACGGCAAGUCAAAGUGGUCAUGGUGGGGCACUGCAUGAAUCCACAGUCAUCCAUCCAUCCAUCACACCCACACAUGGAUGCGGUGCAUUCGCUGCUUCUCUCUCUCUCACAGUGACUGACCCAGUUGUGUGAGCGUGCCCACACGAUGUUGUUGCCGGCCUUCAGGUACACACUCUCGCCCGUCCACCUCCACACACCAAUGCAGUGCACACGUCCAUUUGCAUGUCGUGUGGUAUGUAUGGGUGGCUGAUGUUCCCACUCACCUGUCGAAGUAGUGUAUGCGUGCAGUGAUUUUGACGUGUCUGUGUGGCGGGAGGUUCUUGUACAGACGCGACACGCUGCCCCUCGCCAGUUUGCCGAGGAAGACAUCCGUCGAGCCGCACGUCGACCGGUCAGCCCGAUCCCACUGAUUCACACCAUCCUACACACAAACCAACACAGUCGAUUGCCAAGUGGCGCUGUGUCUCUCUCUGCGUGUGUGUGUCAUACUUGCCAUGGUGUCGAGUGAGAAGAGUGAGAAGGGCGUGUUGCGGUGGACCAUCAACUCGCCAUUGUCCAUGAUCUUCAGCAUUCCGGCCACCUUGACGCUCGCGGCAAUCGUCGUGGCCACGUCGCUCACAUUGAACACAACGACGUCCUGGUCCUCUCGACGAAAGAGCAACUCACUGUUCUCGCUGAGCAGCUCGAGAGGCGCCAAUGACGGACUCGCGUCACUCACAAACUCUGCAUGCACGAAUGACACAACCACAAUCCCAUGAGUGUGUCUUUGUGUUUGUGCCUGUGUGUGUGUCUCUCGCUAACCCAUGCGAACGAUGUUGGCUGCGUCAGGCCGGAUGGUGAUGCCACAGUCGACAUGGCGACAGAACGAGGCGACACACACCAAAGCGACAAGCACACGUGCACUCAUCACAGCUGCAGUGUUUGUUUGUGUGACUGAGUUGAUUGAUUCUGUGCCGUGGCUGUUGCGUCGUGUUUGCUUGUCCGUUUGCAUACAUACGUAUGAUUAAAGUUGUGUGAAAAUAAUGUGUAUACAACUGUAAUUGAUUUUCACUCUCCUGCCCGUAUUCCGUCAUCGCAAGGGCUGCACCGCCAUAGUCGAUAUUCGUCCUUCGCCGGGUGGGUGCAUGGACUGAUGGCAGACAGGCAGACAGACCGUCGAUUCAGCUAGACAAGCGAUGGUUGGCUCUUCUCCCUGUUGCCCCUCUUCUCCCUCCUCCCCUCUUCGAUAAAUUUACAAUCCUGUGGCUAAGCUCGCAGCUGUGACCGCGCGAAAGAUC